AUGUUAUAUAGACUAAAUUUUCUUUUAUUUUGUGGUGUUUUGGCGUCACAAUUUCUUCAUAUAAUAAUGUCUGAUGAAGAAGUCCAAGGAUGGUCGACAGAAUAUAAAUACAACUCGAAAUCAUUACCCUCAAUAGAAGUCAAACUAAGUCCUCCGGAAAAUCCAUUACCCCAAGUUUCAGCAGAAAUAAAGAUUCUAGAAUCUGCUAGGCUUAAAUUAGAAGAGGGAAUUAUGCAAAAAAUAGAAGAUGAAUAUAAUAAAUCUUUGGCAAAUUCUAAAAUAAGAAUAGACGACACAAUUAAAAAAAUAUUAAGUAUUUUUAGCGAUCCAAAAAUGUUAGGUUUCAUUGUUUCUAGUUCGGUAAAAACUUUAAAAAAAGAUAACCUUCGAAAAAUGACAGAGGCAUCUGAAGAAAAUAAUUUAAAAAAGUUACAAAAAAAAAAUUCCGAAAAAAGUGGUCCUCUUCCCCCUCCAGAACUUAGAAACCACACUUCUUUUUUGCAACAAAAUUAUAUUAAUAAAACUAUACCAUCUGUUAAGAUAUAUCUAUCAGAAACGAAUGAACCUAGUGCUGAAAUAAAGGAAAAAAUAGUAGAGAUGGAACAAUAUAGAACAGAUGAAGAAAUAGCGAUGUUUGAAACAGCAAUAUCUGAAUUCGGGAUUCUGACGGAAAUAACAAUUCUUGAACUAGAAAAGCAAAUUCAACUUCAAUUAAACCCAUUCUUAGUUGAUAAAAAUAUUGUCCAUAAAUCGUUGGAAAAAGAGUUGAAAGAAAUGGGGAAAAGGGAUGAAACACAAAAAGAAAAAUAUCAAAAACAGUCAUCAUUUAUAGAGGAUACAACAGAUGAGAAUGUGGGAAAUAUAUUGAAUGUAAAAAUAAGUCAAACUGAUUAUGGUUACCCAACAAUUGAUGAGCUUGUGAUGCAAAUGCAAAAAAGAAGGGAUAUUUCUGAACAGUUGGAACGCCAAAAAAUAUUAGAAUUACAAAUGAAGUUAUUAAAAGCCCAAAGCGAAAUGAUAAAAGACGCUCUACAUUUUUCUAUAUCUAGAAUUAUAGCACAAUACUCACCAAUAGUUGAAACGAUGAAAUUGGAAAGUUUGAAAAUGAUAUAA